AUGAGACUUGUAAUUUAAAAGCAAUCAUUUAUUAAAAUCAUAUAUCUUCAUGUAACAAUAAUUAAAUAAUUAUAAAUUUAAUUGAAUACUUUAUAACUGUACAACAAUAAUCAACAAUUUAGUAAAUUUGAUUUUCAAUACAUUAAAAUAUAAAUAGAUAAAAAAAUUCAUACAAAAAAAGAAGUUGAGUAAUGAGUUCAUUAUUACAAUGAUCCUUAUUAUCAUAAACUUUAAUAUAUUAAAUUUUAUUUAUGUUAUCAUUUUAAGAAUUAUCUUCAAUAAAUAAAUAAAUAUAAAACAUAAUAUUUAUUUAAAAUAAAUUAAAAUCAUCUAAAAAUAAAAUUAUUUUUAUAAGUCAAAAUUUAAAAUAAAAAAUUAAAUUCGAUAAUCCAUUACAAUAAAAAACCAUAAAAUUGUAAGAAUCAUAUGAAACAGAUUAAUAAAUCAAAACUAUAAUUGUAAAUGAUAAUUUGUGAUAUCGAUUAACGGUAUUACACACAGCUUCUUAAGAAAUAGUUCUUUGAUGAUAUACUAUUAUUUAUAGAAAGGAAUAGGAAUAGAAGAUAAUAAAGGUUCAUCUCGAUUACAUUGGACUACUUAUUUAAGAACAUAUAAUGCAGUAUAUAUUUAAUCUCAUUGAAUGCUUAUUUCAAUCUUCAAGAUAUAAAUACUUAAGUUACUCCUUUGCAUUUAGCAACAGUGUAAGCUAAUUCUAAAAUAUUUCGAGAACUUUUAUAACAAUCGUUUAAUAAAAGAUUUUAACAGAAAAACUCCCUUAGAAUUAGAAAUUGA